AUGGCCACCACCAAACCCCAAGAACUAGAAUCACAACAACCCACAAUCACAACCACAACCACAUCUCCAUCUCCAUCUCCAUCUCCAUCUCCACAGAAAAACAACUCCUCCACCUCAACCUCAACCCCAACCCCCCAAACCCUCAAACAAAUCCACCGCAUAAAAUCCCACCCAACCCUAACGCCCCACCGCCGGCGGGUAUACCUAACCCUCCUCUCCAUCCCCGCUGGCCGCUGGACCACCUACGCCGCUCUCGCAAAGCACCUCAACUCCAGUGCACGCGCCAUCGGCACCGCCAUGCGGACGAACCCCUUCGCCCCCGACGUGCCCUGUCACCGGGUGCUCAGUGCCGACGGCGGGCUGGGCGGGUACAUGGGCGCCGGGCCGGCGAGCGGACAUGCGAAUCUGGAGAGGAAGAGAAUGAUGCUUGAAGAGGAGGGGGUGGGGUUUGAGUGGGUUGGGUCAUCUAAAGAUCGAUCUAAGGGAAUGGGAACGUGUAGUAGUAUUGCUAGUGGUCGUAGGAAGGGUAGUGGUGGGGAGGGACGGUGGAGAGCGAAGGGGGAGUGUUUUGUUGGGUUUCCUGCUUUGUGA